UCGCGCCGGGGGUUGAAGCGGCGAGCGGGAGAGGCAAUGAACGGCACUGCGGGAGGGGGGAGUUUAACCCGAACAGCGAACAUGAAGAGGAAUUGGCAGAAAAGAGUGAAGGAUAUUGAAGCUUUAGCAGGCAUCUAUCAACGAUACCCGAUUAACCCUACCUACAAGCCAAGGCUUUCAAAACCAUGGCAGCCGGAAUCAAUCUGGAAGUUGUUUUAUCGGCAGCAUCAAGCUUUUAACUUCUCCAAGAGCUGUAAAGAGGAUGUGCACAUAUUUGCAUUGGAGAAGGAAGGUCAGAAGAAGGAUAUUGCAUUUGGACAGAGAAUUUAUCUUGUCACAACACACAGUGAGCUGUGGUUUUACUAUCAAAUGCACAGGCAAUCAUUGAUGCACUGCUAUGAAGUGAUUCCAGAAGGGUCUGUCUGUCAUCUUUACUUUGACCUAGAAUUCAAUAAACAAAUGAAUCCAGGGCGUGAUGGGAAACAGAUGGUCACAAAAUUAAUUCAGUAUGUUUGUCAAAAACUGGAAGAACGUUACAAAAUAAAAUGCUCAGUGAAAGAUGUUUUGAACUUGGACUCCAGUACUGGUGAAAAAUUUAGCCGCCAUCUAAUAUUCCAUCUUCCUAACGCAGUCUUUAAGAAUAACAUACAUGUUGGAAACUGCAUCACAACAAUCUUGCAGCCUAUGAUAACAGUACUGGAAAACAAAUGCAGUGGUAAAGAUUCUCUCAGUUUCAGCAACAAAGAUUCGGUGUCCACUCCAGGAAAGAGGAAAGAUAUUGAAGAUGGUUCUGAGAAUGUCUGUUCAAAAAGCCAUAAAACCACAGGAUGGGAAACAUCAGAGAAUGGCAAUGUGGAUGCAGAUUUGUCAUUUCUGAUUGUGAAAGGUAGAGAUGGAUUUGACCAAAGUUUUGUGGAUCUAGCCGUGUACACAAAAAACAGGAACUUUCGACUGUAUAAGUCAUCUAAACUGGGCAAGAACACGUCUUUUGAAGUUGCUGAAGACAAUCAGUUUAUUCCCAAGCCUCAGAAGAAUAUUUCUAAGGAGGAGUUAAUUUUCCUGAAUUCUUUGGUCAGCAAUGUUAGGUUUUCUGAUAAUUUGACGGUUUUGACUUGUGAUACCUCAAAUGCUAAGAAAGCCAGAGGAUGGAUCUCUCAAGAUAAUGCACAUCUCACAGUGUCAGAUACAGUAGGAGGAUACCAUUCUUCACCAUACCCAGAAAUCGAUAGUUUUAUUAGUAAUCAAGUGAACAAGGGAGGUAUACAAGGUGUGAUACGUCGUUGGAAUUACUUUUCCUCUGAAGAAUUGAUUGUUUAUGACAUCGGCAAAAAUCACUGGUGUGAGAAUAUUGGUAGAGCUCAUAAAAACAACAAUAUUAUGAUUGUGGUUGACCUGAAGAGAGAGAUAUGGUACCAGAAAUGCUAUGAUCAUCUUUGUAGAGCUCAGAAUUUCAAAUCGGAAAGUCGCCCAUUACCUUGUGAAUGCUGUUUGGACUUUCUCAUUGACAUGGAUGAUGAGUUUCUUUUUACCAUGGAUAAGGAUGGAAACAUUAAAGCCAGUCAAAAUGUGGAGUGUCCAACACAGAAUGAGUAUCAGUACAGUGUAACACAAUUGCACUCUAGUGCUAAAUCUACACCAAAGACUGGAACACAUUCAGGAAGUCUGGAUGCAGAAUUUGGGAACAGCGCUGAUGAUGUAAUGUUUUUGGAAGCUCUUGAAGAUGCUGAAUUUUGUAUUGCUGCUGAUUCAAUCCAGUCAGAAUUGAGUAGUGACGAGACUGAAGAGCUAUCAGAUAACUGUUUACUAGCAGCUGUGCAGCAACUGGAGCAUGUAUCAGACCAAACAAAUUGUCCUGAACACAUAUCCUUAUGAAACCUUUCAAAACUUUUAUUUUGAAAAUGUAGCAAAAU